AUGGAAAUACGAGAUUCAUUAGUAGAAGAAGCGGACAAGGAACAGAUAGUGUCGCUGAAUAUACCAAUCCAAGGAGCGAAUGCUGAACAAAAAAUACAGAACCCUGUACCUCCAAAAAAAAUAUGGAUGAAAAGACAUGUAAUGGAUCAGACGAAUGAAAAGGUGCAUGAUUAUUCGGAAUGCAGCAAAAUUUUCUCUCAAUCAUCCGAUCCUAAAAGACAUUUGAUAAAUCGAACCGGUAAAAAGCCUUAUAAUUGUUCAAAAUGUGGAAAACGCUUCUCUGAUUUAUCAAAUUUGAGAAAACAUAUGAGGAUUGAUACCGGGGAAAAGCCGUACAAUUGCACAGAAUGUGGAAAGCGCUUCUCUGAUCAAUCGGCUUCCAGAGAACAUGUGAGAAUUCAUACCGGUGAAAAGCCGUACAAUUGUUCAGAAUGUGGAAAACGUUUCUCUAAUUCAUGGGCUUCUAGAAGACAUAUGAGAAUUCAUACCGGUGAAAAGCCGUACAAUUGUUCAGAAUGUGGGAAACGUUUUUCUGAUCCAUCGUCUUUUAGAGAACAUGUGAGAAUUCAUACCGGUGAAAAGCCGUACAAUUGUUCACGAUGUGGAAAACUUUUCUCUGAUUCAUCAAAUUUGAAAAAACAUAUGAGGAUUCACAGCGGUGAAAAGCCGUACAAUUGUUCAGAAUGUGGAAAAGGUUUCUCUGAUUCAUCGUCUUUUAAAAGACAUAUGAGGAUUCAUACCGGUGAAAGACCUUACAAUUGUUCAAAAUGUGGAAAACGUUUUUCUGAUCCAUCGACUUUUAGGAAACAUAUGAGGAUUCAUGCCGAUAAAAAGCCAUGCAGUUGUUCGGAAUGUGGGAAUCGUUUCUCUGAUCCAUUGACAUUUAACAGUCAUAUGAGGAUUCAUUCCGGCGAAAAACCGUACAGCUCUUCCGUAUGCGAGAAAAGAUUUUCUCGUAGAGGUCAUUUUAAUAGUCACAUGAAAACCCAUCGGAAUGGGAGCUCCUCUUCCAGUCGGACUGCAUGCAACCAAAGCAAUUCGUUAUGA